CUCGUGGGGUCUCGCGGGUCCCGUAGGCAUGGAGGAGAGCGGGAUCAUCCGCCGUCGGAGGUUACAGAAGGACCUCCCCCUACCCAGGAAAAGCAGCAGUUGUCGCACCACAAACAGGAAGAGCCUCAUCCUGACCAGCACGUCCCCCACCCUGCCACGCCCACAUUCGCCUUUACCAGGGCACAUAGGAAGCAGUCCUCUCGACAGCCCAAGGAACUUCUCUCCCAGCACGCCCGCCCAUUUUUCCUUCGCUUCGUCCAGAAG